CAUCCAUACCAAUAGAUGGCGCUAUUCAGCUCGCAUGAUAACAUUUCGACAAAUUAUUUCUUGGCAGAAAUUCAUCCUCUACUCCCCUUCUUUCUCGACCGACCAUCUCUCAAGAUGCCCACGAAAAAGACCAAGACCAGAAAGCUUCGUGGACAUGUCAGUCAUGGACACGGCCGUAUUGGUAAACACAGAAAGCAUCCUGGCGGUCGUGGAAACGCAGGAGGCAUGCACCAUCACAGGAUCAACUUCGACAAAUACCAUCCAGGUUACUUUGGGAAGGUGGGCAUGAGACAUUACCAUGUGAAGAAGAACACCCUCCACUGUCCCACCAUCAAUCUGGACAAGCUGUGGACCCUGGUCAGCGAGCAGACCCGAGUCAACUACAGCAAGAAGCCAGAAGGCCCUGCCCCAAUCAUUGACGUUGUGCACGCUGGCUACUAUAAAGUGCUUGGCAAGGGCAAGCUUCCCAAGCAACCUGUCAUCGUGAAGGCCAAGUUCUUUAGUCGGAGGGCAGAAGAGAAGAUAAAGGAAGUUGGAGGAGCAUGUGUGUUGACUGCAUAAAUGCAGACGAUGGACUCUUUGGUGUAAUAAAUUGUAUAAAACCCAUGAUAUGAUUUUGUACAGAUGUCAUUUAUCAAAGGUGUUGUGGACCCUAUGAAUGGUAAAGAAUGCACAUAAAAGACUUGAAAUUAA